AUGUUAAAUAAAUUUUGCUUCGAAGAGCUCGACAAGUACCUUAAGGAUGUUUUUCGUUUUGAUAAUGGAUAUAAUCCUGAUGCUCCAUUCGGUGGAAAAAUUAUUGUUCUGGGAGGUAAUUUUCGACAGAUAUUGCAUGUGAUUCCCCGUAGUUCCCGAAAAGAGAUUGUUCAUUCGUGUAUUAAUGCUUCGAAGCUGUGGCAAUCUUGCCAAGUGUUGCAGUUAACUGAAAACAUGAGGCUGGGCCGUGGUUCGCGAGAUAUCCACGGUUUACAAUUAAAGGAAUUUGUUGAAUGGCUGCUUCAAAUUGGCGACAAGUUACUCGGAGACAACACCGAUGGCGAAUCAGUAAUUAGAAUACCUGACAAUUUGCUGCUGGAUAUUGAGUCUCCAUGUUUGCAUGAUUUGGUGUUGUUUGUUUAUCCUGACAUUUUACUCCAUUCUUCUAGCGUGGAUUAUUUUAAGGAUAUGAGUAUAUUAUCACCAACACUUGAUGUUGUAACUGAAGUAAACAAUCAUGUGAUGUCUUUGAUCCCUGGCAACGAGAGAGUUUAUUUGAGCUCGGAUACACUAAUUAAUGAAGAUGGUCACCUGAAAUUUGAAUUAUAUACAAUGAGCACGAAGUCAUUGAAUGCGUUGAAUUGUUCAGGAAUUCUCCAACACCGGUUAGUUCUUAAAAUCGGUGUUCCUGUCAUGCUUCUUCGCAAUAUUGACCAAUCCAAUGGACUAUGCAACGGUACGCGGAUGCAGGUUAGACAUCUUGGCGACCACGUCAUUGAGUGCAUCAUAUUAGUAGGUCAUAAUACUGGUGAGGUUGUCUUUAUUCCCACGAUGAACAUGUCCCCUAAUAAUGAGACAUUACUGAUCAGGUUUACUCGACGACAGUUUCCGGUUGCGCUUUGCUUUGCGAUGACCAUAAACAAGUCCCAAGGUCAGACGCUGUCAACCGUUGGCGUGUAUCUUCCAAGGCCUGUUUUUACUCAUGGUCAGCUUUACGUUGCACUCUCUCGGGUCAGCAUGCAUUCUGGACUGAAGAUAUUAUCUGUUGGUUCUAACGGCAAAGUUUCUGAUCAUACUAUUAAUGUUGUCUACAGAAAUUUUUUUUUUGCUUUACUACCUAACAUUCUGCCUUGA